GGUAAAGAGUUCAACAAAGAGAGAGCUUUUUCCAGCGAGAUUCGCAUGCGAAAUAAAAAAAGAAUGCAACUUGAGCCAUUUGAAUCCUAAUUCAUUUCAUUAAAUUCAUACAGACCCGCGAGAAUAUGGCUCCCCUUGCGUUACUUAUCAGCUUACAAAACGUUUCAUGCCGUCACUUUCUAACUCGGCCCUAAUCAUUACACCAUCUCGCUCUGGCGCGAAUUGCGCGUUUUUCCUUCGCCGAGAGUUGGUGAUACCACAUGAGAUGUUCGGUGGUCCCGGAUGCCACAGGGUUGUUAUUUUCAUAGCUGAUUGGUUGUUCCUAAUUGAUUAAGAUGCCUUUGUCCGAGGAGGUGAUGCGUGGUGGAGGGCCAGUCUGCGCAGCCCUCGGCGCAGUCGCCCCCCGGACGCCGGCAGGGACGCACGUGCCUCCGACCCACCUCGCGGCUCCUCUCAGAGACAACCCGUUACUUAACAAACAAGUGAAAACUUGUGGCUAGAGCUGGACUCUGAACAUCAGUUGCCAGCCACAGCAAUAAUGUGAUGUGAGCGGGAGUGAGGGUGAGUCGGUGUCGUGUCGAUGACGGUACCACGCGAGUGACAACGGCUGACAAUGCGGUCGCAAGGGACCAAACCUUUGCCGAAAAAGGGAGCAUUGACAAAAACAACAUUCAAACCUAAUUCGCCUACAAAACCGGUGAAAAAGAAAGUCGUAACAACUAAGAAAGUAAAGAAACUGGUUAAAAAAUCUUUGGUCAAGACCCCUAAAAGAACUGCAGUAAAAGAUGAUUCUUCAGAUACAAAAACUGAAGAUGAUUCUAGUACUGGGGAAAAAUCGGACUCAGACUCCGCUAAAUCGGGAACUUCUAACGCACCAUCAUUACCCCGAAGUGAAUCACCGGCCAAAAGAACCAAAAAAGAGUUAAAAGAAAAGAAAAAAACCCCAAGACCAGCCACUGAAAGUGUAAAAUUAUCUACAAAAAAGAUUGUCAACAAAAAAGGCAAUAUUACAUCAAAAGGGAUAAAGAAAAAAGAAGACGACAGUGACAAAAUCAGGUACAAAUUGAAUUCAGAAAUACGAAAGAAGGCUCCUCCUAAAAUGUCAAAAUUAAAAACAAUACCGAAGAAAGAAACUAUAGCACAACAAAAGAAAAAGCCUAAAGUAUUGAAUAAAAACAACGUAUCUGAAACGGAUAGCAAAGAAGAUAAAAACACAGACAAAAGUGAUUCUAAAGGUGAUCAAGAAGUUAGUAAAAGUAUUUCUGUGGACAAAAAAGAACAAUUACCAGGAACCAGUGAAAGUAAAUCCGCAAAGAUUGAUUCUGAAAUCGAUACCAAAUCUGAUAAUUUGGAUCAAAAUUUAAAUACUUCGACGCAAUCGAAUUCGAAAACCUCGUCAGCUGAAACAUCCAAAUCAGAAUCUGACAGACCACCAAAAUUCUUUACCUCUGCUCGUUCUCCAAGGACAGUAGAUAUAGAUGUUAGGUGCUGUAAAACUUCUAAGGGUAACCUCAGUGUAUAUGAAAGGUUCAUAUCUUCUAAAAUCGUUGACACAAAAAAUCAUGAGGUCUCUAAAGAAAAAUCUUCAUUAAACAAUCCUGUAUCUCAGGAUCCUGAAAUUGACGUAUACGCUUUUACGGACAAAGCAGACUCACCAAAAAGUAUUUUGUCGGAUUUCCGUAAUCCUAUGGACAAAAAUACUGAACAAAAAGUGCGGCCAGUUGCAAGAGUCAAAGGGACAGUAAUUGACAAAAAAAUUGAAAUCGAAAAGAAGAAAUUUUCUCCACAUCGUCCCAUAGAAGAAGUUGUCAAGCAACUAAAAGCUAAGAAAGGCUCUGAAGUAUUAAAGGUGUGUCAAACUCAAACUAGUCCUGAUGUUACAUCAAGCGUCGAUUCAAGCAUCGGAUCGGACGAAAAAGAUAAGGUUGAGGAUCCCAAGCCUAUUGUAAGCAAAUCAUAUAAAAUGGUGGCUAGAAAAUCGAGUAUACCUGGAAAGCCUUUUAGUCCUAUAAAGUUUCUUGAUCAAGAUGAAAAUUCUCAGGGAAGACCUGGUAGUCAGUCUAAAUCACCAUUAACAGGGAAGAAAAGUCCUAAAUCUAAAUCAAAGUCACCAAAGUCUACAUUAUCAGAUGAUGAAUUAGAGAAUUCUAAAUUUUCUCUUAAUACAAAAUCUCAAUCCCGUCUUUAUUCGUCAUCAGAUGAAAGUGUAAACGAUUCUAAUGACGAUAAUGACACCAAAGAAUCUUCCGAAUCUGAAAGCAACACUAAUAAGAAAACUAAAAAAACUAAAAAGUACAGAAGAAUAACCGAUGCUGGCAAGAAAAAUACUUCUCGAGAGCUUAAAGAACUCUCAAAAGACUCUAUAAUUGAUUUGAAAGACGAUACAAUACUAGGGAAUGAAAAACCCAGUAAGCGACGACUCAAGCUACUAUCGAUGUGGAGUGGCCCAAAGAAACAUCGUAUGGCUUCUCUCAAUGCUAUAGCUAAGGUUCACUGUUUGUAUGAAAAUGAAAGUCGUACCCAUAUGGAAUUGGGUCUUAUGAAAACAGUGGAUAGAUUAGUAAUGCCGACCACCUCUAAACCAUCAAACUCAAAGAAAAAGGAGCCUAAACCAAAGGAUUCUAGCGAUGAAAAACAAGACACUACAUCAGAAUCCGAGUAUGAAAGAAAGGAAAAGAAAGAUGAAAGUUCAGAAGACGAUACACCGGAACCAAGUACAAGGACACUGCGGGGUGAACCUGGAAUAAGAAGUGCUGGAAAGUAUUGGGACCCCAAGUCCUGUACCUCAUCCAGCGAAGAUAGCGAACAUGAUUCCAAAUUUAAAGUUAAAGAGAAGAAGAAAAUUACGCCUAAACCAUCGAGUUCAAAGCCUGAGCCUGACAAGCCGCCAGCCAAGAUGAAGAAGACGGCCGGAGUGCCUGUGAAAAAGAGGCGCAUCAGAAAUGAAGUCGUGAUGGAUCUGAAGGACAUGGUGGUGCAGAAGCGCAUGGCGAGUUUGAACGCUACCGCCAUACUAGCGGCGAGCUACGAGAAAAGAUCUCCCAAGUCGAGCAAGGACGGGACCACGUCCGAUUCGUGCAGCGACGAGUCUUUUUCUCGGAGGCCAAAAAACGGGGCAGGUUCCGGCGUGAAGUCGGAAGCCAAAACUGAUGGGGACAAAGCGGACGCUAAGAAAGAUACUGAGGAAGUGGCAGGAGAUAGGAAGCAGAAGGUGGAGGUGAUAGUGAACCAGGACACGGACGUGACCAUUACGGGGGUGUAUUCUACGCACCACGAGGGGUUCUGCACGGUGUCGGGCCUGCAGUACCGCAUCUCCGCCACCAGCCACACGCAGACCACCGCCACCGCCAACUGUGAAAAGGAGGGGUGCGGGCGCGAGGAGGGCGCGCGCUACACGCCGCUGUCUGCGCUGUCCUCCAUGCAGCCGCCCGCCGACCAUGCGCACGCGCAUCCAGUUCCGGAGCUGGGCGGCCUGGCGCGUCGCGCCGGGUGCUCCAGCGCCUUCUCCGCGCCCUCGCCAUCUGCGCAUCAUGAACCAGGUAAGCCGACGCCAUGCACCCUGUGUGACCCCCUGGCUACUGUUUGGCCACAUGGCUACUACCAGCCGGCGGGGCCGCUGAUCAAGGAGGCCGGCGCGGACGCGGACCGCGCGCUCGCACGCUACCACCCGCCGCAUUACCAUCCGCCGCAUCCACCGGUGCUGCCGCAGUAUGGCCCGUACUACCCGUCGGAGCUGUGCUACGGGCGCUACUACCGGCCGCCCGCGCCCGCCUACCACGUGCCGGCGCCGCAGCCUGACGCCCCGAUGGUGGGCGUGGCCGGCGACCCGUACCCGCCGCCGCAGUACUACGGCGCGCCGCCCUGCUACCAGCACCCGCCGCCCAGGGUCGGAUACUUAGAAUACCGGGGAUGCCCGUGUCCAAUGAACGCGUGUCCAAAAAACGUCCAUAUUGGGCCCGCUACUGGUAAAGCCCCAGCCAGUGGCGGCCCCGCCGACGCACCCGCCCCCGCGCCGCCCGGGGCGCCCCUCAGGCCGAGGGGGCGGGCGCGCGCCGCCUCCCCCGCCGUGGCGCACGGCAGCGGGAAGGAUCCUCCGUUAGAGCCGGAGCCGCCGGCCGCGGCGGACGCGCCCCGGCCGUGCCCGCUGCCGGCCAUCGGCGGCGCGUCGCCCAAGCGCGAGCUAUACGCGGGGCGGGCGCGGCGCGCGGGGGGCGCGGGGGAGGGGCCGCCGUCACCCGCGCGGGGGUCCGCCGGGGCCUGCGCCCCCCAGCCCCCGCCCGCGCCCCCGCGCCGCGCGCGCCUCGGCAAGGCCAUGGCGCGACGGUCCCUCGCCGGCGACGACACCACCGUGCUGUCCCCGCCGCCCCCCGACGACGACGUGCUGGCCGUGUCGCCGCCCGCCGCCGCGCCCGUCGACCUCUCCUCCUCGGACGAGACGCCGCUGCUCGAAGUCAAGAAGGAGAACGAGCCGCCGGCACCCUCCCCCCCGCACCCCGCUCCCGCACCCCCGCGCCCCGCCAAGCGCCGCCACUCGCGCCCCAAGCUGGAGAUCGAGCUGGGCGACCUGCCGCUGGACGACGGGUGCCGCACCAACGGCAUCGGCGAACACGUCAAACUGCAGAAGAGGAGGAAGGUCUCCAGCGAACAAAACGACGCCGCCAACCGGACGGAAACCAUCACGUCGAAGGAUGUAAAAAAGAAAUCCUCGCCGAAGCCCAAAAGAUCACCUAAAACGCCACCCGCUGAAAAGAAAACUCUUAAGAGGAAAGGUGACAGUGAAACGGAGAACGGCGUGGCUAAGAAAUUGAAUGUAGGAAAACCAGAAGUCGAGGACGUUCGACUCACUAACGUAGCCGCUUUACCCCAGGAACAAUCCGCGACCAAACCAAAAAAUAAAAGUGCCCUUCUUCUUGACAAUUUAAUAAGAAAAAAUAGUAUAGACAGAGCCGAUCCUAUAGACGUGGAGAUAAAUCCCGCAGAAUUAUUUUUAUCCCCGAGGGGCAAUAGUCCUCUCAACUGUACAAAGAAAACUUUAAAUAUAAAUAAUAAUGUUGUUGAGAACAGCACUCCAAUCAAUGGAGUUCAGCCCAAGACCAUAGCAGCCGUUAGUCAACUGAUUGAACGGAAAUUGGCUGCCUCGAAAAAUGCGCUCAAAACGCCAGUAGUUGAUACAAAUGUUACGCAAAGUUUGAAACCUGUGAAAUCAGUAUUAAAACCACAAAAUGCAGAGGUGGUAAACCAAAUGCUAGGAACAGAAGAAAGUGGUAAACCAAAUAAUGAUGUAUCACAAUGUGAACCAGUAAUUGAAAAAGACAAUGCAGAAAAGACAAAUGAUAUCAUUAUACCCAAGGACACUAGUGAAAGUGCAAAUGUGCCCAGUGCAGCAGUGGUGGACAAUGUUACAACAACACCAAUCAAAAUAGCUGAGAAGCCAAAACUACCCGAGUGCAAUGCUGUCCAAAGCAAAGAUCUUUCGCCUGUCUCUAACGGACCGGCUCAGCCUACAGAACCAAUCCACUCAGAACCAUCAGCCCCAAAACCUCAAGACCCAGUGAAACCACCCAAACCCAACGACUCCAACAAACCAGAAAAAGUCACCGCGAAACGAUCCAAACUCUCCAUUGAAAAAGAGCCUAAGAAAGGCGACAAAGCGGCUCACGAGAAAGUGGUCAAACUUAUGGUGUUUAAGAAAUCCGUGAUUAAAGCUGAUGAAGCUGCCUCAGUAGUUGAAGAAGCUUGUGCGUCGCCGCUGACGGUGCGUCCUUCAGUUGUUCGUCGCCGCCGGCGCCGCAGCGGGCUCAAGAGGCAUCGGCGCCCGCCCGCCCUGCUGCCGCCGCCGCUCGCUGAUAGGGAGCCGCGGUGGAGCAACGGCUGGCACUGGGACGGCGAGUGCCAUGUGUCCAAAGUUUAUCUUAAUAACGACAUGCGUCAAGACAGGACGGCGCGCUGCUACUCGCGCAUGCUGCACGACAACGGGGACCUGAUCUCUCGCGGCGACUGUGUGUUGUUGCGAGCGGCCCCGGCUAAAGCGCAGCCGUUUGUGGCCAAGGUGGCUCGACUGUGGGAGAACCCGGAUGAUGGAGAAAUGAUGGUCUCCCUAGUCUGGUACUACCGGCCCGAGCACACGGAGCUAGGGCGGACGGCGGACGACGCGCCGGACGAGGUGUUCGCGAGCCGCCACCGCGACGCCAACUCCGUGGCCUGUAUUGAGGACAAGUGCUACGUGCUCACGUUCAAUGAGUACUGUCGGUACAGGAAACGGCUAAAAGCGGCCGAGGAGGGCAUCCCCAUCGCGCCCUCCAUCGUGCCCCCGAUGCCUGCGGGGGAGGUGUUCCCCGCAGUGGACACCACAGACUCCAAGCUCACGCCCGCCGUGUCGCCCGACCUGGUGCUCUUCUGCCGCAAGAUCUACGACUUCCGCUCCAAGAAGAUACAGAUGCCCAACAAGUGAAUCAAAGAUGGAAAGAGAAAGAUUAUUAGUUACACAACCAUAGUUGAAACAACACCAAAGUUUUGUUUGAUGUACCUAUUUAAUACUUUUAUAAAUGGACUCGGACAAAAAGGACUGGACUUGAGUGUGUAGGUGUAUUCCAUCGCUUGGGACUCGCUAAAUCUUUAUAUCGUAGUGUCUCAGAUCUUACCCUAUUUAGUACAAAGAAAUUUGUUCCCAUGCGACUUUCAAAGAGUAGUGCUUGAUGCGUCGGCAUUUUAUGUGAAAAAUGCUGAUUUUUUACGUUUUUGUUGCAUCAAUAAUGAUCGCGGUUUUAAAUUUAACGUCAAUGGACAAGAAAUUAUGCCUUUUAGAAGUAGUAUUAAGCGUGGAUUUAUAUGGAAAUCAUGAUUAGUUAUUAUAUCUUUUGCUUCUAUAUGAGCAACUUUAUUAUAUUUAGAUAAGUACCUAUGAGUAGGUAUUUACUUCGAAAUUUUGCUAUGUGUAUAAGUAAUUUAUAAAUGUUUCAACUCAUUGACCAUGGCAUUUAUAUUCAUUUUAAUUUAAAUCGUUGUUGUGCUGUUGUCUAAUAAAUUAUUCAUUAUUUUGUAAGGGAUCAACAUUGUAAGGUUUUAUACAUCAGUGUUGCCUAACCAUCGUUUUAUACAUCCUGUUAUACUACAAUAUUUGGUAAUAUUUCUGUGAUAAUCGAUCAGAAAUCACAGGUACAUACAUGAACUGUAAGUCCAAACACAAAGCACAAAUUAUAGUUAUACAUGAGUUCUACCUAUAGUUAGUUUUUCUAACACAACAUCAGCAUUCAAAGGAAUUGAUAAAAACAGGUUUGGACAUUUAAAAAACUAAAGUAACCAAUAAACGAUUAAUAGUUAAAAUACCUAUAUUUAAAGGUACUUUUGUCAUACAAAAUUAAGAAUUUAUUUUAAAUGUUUAGACGACUCCAAAAUCAAGUUGUACCAAUUUUAGGUAGCGAGAUUUUUAAGUUUUAUCCGUGAAGACUGAUUUUGUGGAAGUAAAAUUCUAUAAUUUCCGUACAACCUGUAGUCAGAGUUUUGUUUCAGUUAGCGCUUCAGGUAAAACCGGAAACUUUUUCACAUAACGUGUCAGCCAAUGUAACUGAUGUAUCAACAAGUGGGAACAUUGUAACAUAUUUUUAAACGUAAUAUUAGAACAUAGAAUAUAAACGAUGAAACAUCUGCUAUGUUUGAAGGAAAGAGAUAUAUUUAAACCUAAUAACUGUAGGUAAAUUAGAAAUCUCUUUUAUCGUAUAUAGUAGAGUAAUUAUUAGUUGUGUGGUAGGUAUUUACGUUACAUACAAAAGUAUAUUUAAUGUUAUAUUUCCCACGUGGAAAAAUGUAAAGGGCAUUUAUAUGUUUGCAAAUUGUCUACUGCUGCCUUCGUCUUUUCUACCACUGUCUAUCAUUUAACUUCUCUUGUAUCUGUCGUUCGGUUAAUGUUAAUUUUGUUGUAAAUAUUCUUUUGUUACUUAUUUCUAUUGAUAAGACUUGUGAAGAAUUUGGUAUUCUUUAACUUGUUAUUUAUUCUACCUAUUCUGUGUGAAUGUUGUAUGGAAAAUUACAUAAGUAGGCAGGUAUUACCCAAGUUAAAUAAGCUAACCGUCGGAGUGGUUCUCUAUAUAAGUUACAACUAAAGGCUGGGUGUACAUUUGCCACCUACAACAGGUGGUUGUGGUAUCUACUCGAGUCGAUCCAUACAACAGUUUACAUCAGAUGUCUUUCCAAAGCUUAGGUUCUCUUUGUCUCUUCUUUAUCGCUUAAUGCCAAAAAAUUAGCUGCAAUCGUUCUCAUAUUCUGUAAUUGUAAUACCAAUUCCCUUCUCUUUAGGUUACGUAAAUGCUAGCGGAAUCUUAGCGUUCUUUAAUAACGCACGUCAUUAAAUCAAAAUCAAACAUAGUGAAAGUAGUGCGGUCAAUAACCUACCAGCACUGGCUGAUACCUACAAUAAAUUAUUAUAUUACAUGACUGUUUGCUGUUACAGCUAUGCUCUAAACUACAUACGGAUCUUAGUGAAGCUGCGUAGGUAUAAUAUUAAUACAGAAAUGUAGAGAAGUGCUGAGCACAUACCUACCUAAAAUACUCUUCAUACUUGCGCAUUCUUAACUUAAAUGAACCGUUGUUUUGAAACUUGAAGUUGACGUUAAGAUAUCACUAACAUUUAACUCAUUAUAAUUAAUUGAUUAUAGAUUUAAUGAGUAAAAUUCCAUAAUAAUACUAUAACUACUAUAAGUGAGCUCCCUUGCUUGUAGAAGGUUUGUUUUGAUAAAUGUUACCUGGAAUUUCGCAAACGCAAACCCUAUUAUAGUCAGUUUAGAACUAGGUUUUUAUUGUACUAAUACGAAAAAUGAUUGUUUUUAUUUAAUUUAUUUGUGUUUGAAUGAAAAUUAUAUAGGUAUAUUUUUAUUAUUGUACCCUAGUUAUGUUGGCUGUAAUUUAAUAUUGAUGUAAUUAAUAUAUGUAUUUUUAUUUCAA